AUGCGAUCUCUUACUAUCUGCCUUCCUAUUCAUCCGACAGAAGUGCUUAGAUUGGAUGAGGACACUCGCGCCGAUUUGGUCAACCGGUUUGGUAGGAAUGUGAGACGGGUACUAUCAAUUUAUGUGGUACAGAGUUCGAGUUUGUUGAAAGGAGCGAGAAAGGGGGGACAUAUUCGAUGGCACAUUUUAAAAACAGAGACUGCAGUGUUAUCGUCGGAUUUUCGGGACGGAUGUCUGAAGACAUAUUCCGUAUCGGUUACAAUUGACCAAUCAGUACUAGGGGUAGUUCCUGAUUUUCUAGAUGAUUCAGAACUUAGCAAGCUUGGCCGGGAGGUCGGGGAUGAUUUUGACGAUAUCCGGAAACUGAGCUGGGACCAGUUAGUUUGUUUUCUUCAGUGGGUUCAGGAGGCCAAGAUGAUCGAAAGCUUUGAGGUGCAGGAUAAUAAAUUAACAGCUGAGAUGGAAGCAUUAUCAGGAAACUAUGACACAGACCUUUCUCUUUGCACACCACCCGCUUUCAUUAACCCUAACUUGCUGACAAUGGAUGGCACAUCGCCGAGCUAUGAGAAUUUUCCUCCCCAUGCUGUCGAUGGGGUUGACGGGUUUGAUCCAGGAUGGAACAAAAUCACCAAGUCACUGGAAGACCAGAGUAACGCCGAAUUCGCUACCCCGGAGCACGUGGCGACGCCCAUGGGACCAGGGACGUCUCCUACCUUCGAUGCUUCAACUUACCCUACACCCUCUCACUCUAUCAAUUCGCCCCGAGCGGGGGUGUUGGCCAGCUCGACGAGUCCUGCUGACGGGAUAACGCAAUACCGGUCCACCAGUACCCCCUUCUCCGAUGAUAGCCCUUAUUUAUCCCCCGCAAUGACACCUACGGGGCUUGCUACCCUUCCUGGGUCUAAUACUCCAUAUGUUACAUCCCCACCAGCGCUAGAGUCACUCACAUCUCCGAGUCUUAGCUUUUCGAGCCAGAGAAAGCUCUUGGAGUCGUACAGGUUUGGAAAAGACGGCACACAGUUCCUCGAAAAGAGUGAAAAUGACGAAAUCCUCAAAGCGGAAACUGGACUUCUCACACAGGGCCCUUUCAGACCGCUGCAGCCCUUUCUAGGACUCAGCGAAGCAGAUGCAUCUUCCUCAUUAAGCGCACUCGGACUUCCUGUCAAAUGGACAGGCAAAGAAGGGGCUGUGAAUUACUAUAAACUGCUUGAAGCCGAGAAGGACAAUGAACUUGUUCUUUGCCCCUUCGCGAAGCAUAUCGCACAAAGUUUAUUUUAUCUCAACUAUAGGUGGCUGGAUAAACAUAUAAAACGGGUAUCAAGGAUACUUUCGGCAUCAGCCAGCUCGAUAUUUUUAUAUCCUUUGUUUUGCGCACCCGGCCGGGUAGCGUUCGUCUUUUUCACUCACUGGAACCUGUGGUAA